CAUGUGAAAGGAAAACAAAGCUUUGAUGCAGAGAAGCACAGAACUUGGAACCAAGAGAACAGGUAAACCUCCCUUGUUUCAGCUGCAAGGUGGGAUUUUUACACCAGAAAUCAAGCAAAGGCCGGACCUUGAUGAUUGUUCCUUGGUUUCUGAAACAGAAUCAGUAGUUCCAGAAAAGAAUCUGAUGGGGUUUCCCCAAAGAGUUCUUGGAACAGAAGAUCACCAGAGGCAGGGGAAGAACAGUGGAAGAAGGCCGGAGCAGCGUAACCUUGAUAAAGCAAAGCGAGGGAGGAGAGGAGAGGAGAAGGGGAAAAGGGAAUUGGAGGUGAGGACAGGGGUGGAAUUUAUAGAGCAAAAUGAAGGAAAAGAAGGCAACAAAGAGAUGAAUAAAAAUGUAGAAACAGCACUAGAGAGGGAGUGACAUUCCUUUCAAGAGGGC